UUUGUGUCAUUUGUCAUCUGUAGUUCUUCUAUGGUUUGUUUUGAAGUUAAAAAAUUUGCAAUUUUUGAAGUUAUUUAUUUAUACAUAUAGCAUCAAUUAAUUAAUAAAAAUAUACAUUGUAUGUAUACUUGGUAGAGAAAGAUAUAACCUGUAAAAUUUUACUACAAUGUUACGAAAAGGACUGUUAGAUAUUUUCGAAACUGCUUUAAAUAGACGGACAGUAUUUACCACUGGAGUGAAUUUCCGCGAAGUCACAGACCGUAAGGAAAUGCUAAAGUCUCUCCCUGUAGCCGAUGAGGGAACUGCAGGAGAAAAGAGUAUCGAUGUAGAUUCCUUGAUACAGGGUAGAGGAGACAGGUUUCCAAACUCCCAAAUCGACAGUAAACGCUUUGACGGAGUUCUUUUCAAAGACUUGCCAAUUAUUAAUAUAAGAGUGUCGCCUAAUAAUACAAUAAUAAACUUAACGAAUGCAAAGGGAUUACCUGAAAUUAUAAGGUCGUGUGGAAUAGAGGGUUUCAAGAACACCAGAAAAGGAACAAAUGUAGCGGCUCAGGCUACAGCUAUUACAAUUGGUACAAAGAUUAUAGAGCGAGGGACUAAAACUGCCCGUGUUCGUGUACAAGGAAUGGGCCCAGGAAGAAUGUCCGCUAUAAAAGGUCUACAAAUGGCAGGUAUAAAUAUUGUGUCUAUUACAGACAACACUAGGGUCUCUUGGUACCCGCCUAGACCAAGAAAACAGAGAAAGCUUUAAUAUUAGUAUAAAAUUGUAAACAAAUUUUAAUUUAGGAAAUAAAUUUAUAAGAAUUUCUGCAAACACUGUAUUAUUAGCAUAAAUUGUACAAUAUAUUACAACACACAUACAUAUUAGAAACAAUGGAAUGUUUAUUUUCAAUUCAAAUUGAAUUAGAUUUUUAGAUUUCCACUUAUUGAAAUAAAAACACUUUGGG